AUGCAGUCAUAUGAAGAAGCUCCUCCACCAUAUCCUGGUACAGUACCAAAUGCUGCUUCAAAUGUAGUAAGAUCCAAAGGUGAUUAUAAAGGUGUACCAAUAUAUGAAAUAGGUUCAAAUGAUACUCCUAUUUAUAAUGAAGUGACGUACCAACAAGUACCGGUAACGACAUCCGCACCAAUUCUAGUUGGAACACAUGCUGUUCAACUCGGCCGUAAUCCAAUUAAUUGUAUUUGUCCUCAGUGUCAUCAACAAAUUGUUACACGAAUCGAUUAUUAUUCUGGUUCAUUUGCAUGGCUUAUGUGUUUGUUACUUGCAGUUAUCGGUUGUGUACCAUGCUGUAUAAUUCCAUUCUGUGCAACAUCAUGUCAAGACGUUACUCAUAUAUGUCCUUAUUGUUCAACAAUAAUUGGUCAUCGAAAAAUUCUUUAG